AUGUCACUCCCUUGUUGUGAAUAUUGUCAUGAGACGGAUGGCCUAGUCACGUGUGAGUGCGGCAGACACUUCUGCAAUGGAAAAGUGAGUAACAUGAGCGACUGUCAAAUUCUAACACAUUUGAAAAUGAAACAACACUUUUCAGUUUCUGUUGGUGGUAAGAAGCUCAUAUGUAAGAAAUGCAACGAAGAAACAAACGUAUUCAACUUGCGAUAUCGAACCGGUGAGAACGCAUUUAUAUGUCAACACUGCUUAGAACAAGAAAAUGAAGUCACACAAACCAUUUACUCAAAUUGUGUUGUUCAAGAAGGUUCAUUCACAACAAACAACUUAGAUGUUGGCGACUCAUUCAGAAUUAUUUCAAAAGACUGUAUCAAUGUAAUCGAAAACCAAAUCGAUACAUCUGACGAUGAAGUUCUGAUUAAAGAUCAGUAUAAUGAUAUAUCUGAAUACUGUGAAAUAUAUCAAAAAGUUUCUGGCUUUGAAUAUGACAAACCUAAUGAACUUGAAGAGUGUAUGUAUUACACUAAAGAAGGCAUCGUUACUUUUGAGGUAAUGCAAAAUUUAUUGAAUAUCCAUUUAAUCCAGAAAAAGGCGAUUGGUGGGUUAGUUAAUGGAGACACUUGUAUCUUAACAUGUGGUGGUAAUAAAGGUUUAUUAAAUGAAUACAACUUAUAUAACAUCCAACGCUCCUCGUUAUACAAAGAGACUAAAGGAGCAUUUAUGUGCAAUGUUAUUAACAUUUCUUCAAAAACAAUUGUACUCCGUUUUAAAAACAUUAUUUUUCCAAAACAAGAUGAUGAAAUACAAAUACAAGAAGAAGAACAAACUAAUAUAAUAAGUGAACAAACAAUACAAACCGUGAAAGACAUCAUUCAAAGAACAAAACUUGUUCGUGGGUUCUUUUUACUCAACUCAAAAGGAAGCCCAUUCACAAGGUCUUUGAAAUGCUUUGAGGAAAGAGAAGAAGACGAAUAUUACGCUACAAUCUUAGGGAAAGACGUCCAAACUUCGAGAUAUAAAACUAAUGAUGAGUAUUCCCCAAGUGGUGAAAUUAACGAAAAAAAAUUGUCGUGUUUUAAUGCCAAAUUCAAUUUGAUUAAUGUUAACCCACCCGAACUCGUGAACCCAUGCCCCCUGAAUGAAUCACAAAAAUUGGCUGUUGUAAACGCACUGAAUAACAGUGUAUCCCUUAUCAUUGGUCCACCCGGAACCGGCAAAACAUCAGUCGCAGUCUCGAUUGUGCAACACUUAAAAUUGUAUAAACGCAUUUUCACAAGUUAUUUAGAUAGCCCAAUUCUUGUCACGGGGUCCAGUAACAACGCAGUUGAUGUGUUAUGUCUUAAAUUGAUAGACGCUGGACUUUCUGUUGUUCGUGUAAUCAGUGAUGAGAAAAUGACUGAAAUUCCAGACAAGUUACGAGAGUCUUCAUUACUUAAAAGGGCGUUGGACUAUUCCAUAAAGUCUGGAGUGACUGGUUAUAUUAUUGAGAAACGCAGACGCAUCACUGCACAAGAAAUAUUAUCUGAACAAGUAUGUGAUGAAGAUAUAGUUGAAGCUAAAAAACGUGGAGGAUACGUUACAAAUGAAGAAGAAGUUGAAUGUCAAAGUAUAAUGCUAAAGAAAUAUAAUUCAUAUUUGACAACAAGUGAAUUAAAAACGUAUGAAAACACACAACGACAAUAUUUAAAUUACAGAGAAAAACAAAAGAACUUGCGUUAUCCGCUUUCGUUUGAGGAUUAUGUAAAAAAGUACAACGAUCGGGCAUACACUUUGUUAAAGAGGAUUUCGACACCAAUUAGUAAAGAGGACAUUGACAAAAUCAAUCAAUACAUCAACCAGAAUAUGGAAAACAUUUUUAAAGAAGUUGAUUGCGUGUGUUCUACAUUGACAUUAUGUACACGAAAGAUAAUUUUAAACCAACAUUUUGUGGCUUCUAUUAUUGACGAAGCAGCUCAGUCACUCGAGCCAGAGACUCUUGCUGGCGUAAUGAACGUAAGAAAAGCUAUAUUGAUUGGUGAUAUUCAACAACUGGAGCCUUGUGUCACUUCACCGAAGGCAAAGGCACUUGGGUUUGAUAAGACGAUGUUUGAAAGACUUCUGGCUUCCGAGUCGGUUCCAAGGACUUUACUCAAUACACAGUAUAGAAUGCACCCAUUCUUAUCAACGUUUUCAAACAAAGUGUUUUAUUCGUCAAGGCUUAUUGACGGAGUCACCGCGAUGGACAGAAGUGACCCAAAUGUCGUACCUUUUAUUUUCAAAAACGUUAAAACCCCAUUGAUGUUCAUUAACUGCGAUGGGAGUGAAUACAUUGGGAAUUCAGGGUCAAGCUUUGGGAAUGUCAGUGAGUCGAAAAUAGUCAACAAAUUAGUGCAAGGCCUUAAGGAAAAGAAUGUUGCCGACGAUAGAAUUGGUAUAAUUUCUCCAUAUACAACACAAAGAGAUUUGUUGUCUACAAUUUCUUCGACAAUUAAAGUUGCCAGUGUAGAUGGGUUCCAAGGAAACGAGAAGGAUUACAUCAUUUUUUCCACUGUUCGAUCGAACAAAGAAAUUGGAAUAGGGUUUGUGUCCGAUUAUAGAAGACUCAAUGUCAGUUUGACUCGAGCUCGGCUUGGGAUGUACAUAGUCGGAAACGUUGAGACUUUGGCGCAUAAUAGGGUGUGGGGGAUGUUGUUUAAUUAUCUCAAUAAGAAUAACUGUAUCUUUAAAAAUGAAAACAACACACUAGUACAAUAUACACCAAGCUGUGUAAGUAAAGAAACGAUAUACAAUUCCCCGUUUCAAAUAACGUACCGAGUCGACAACGGUGACGAAGAUGAUUUCAAUGGAAAUGAUGAAAUAACACCUCUUUUAUUAAAACCGGAAGAAGGAAAAUUUUCCACAAAAAAACAAUUUAUUUAUUCUCAUAAGGAACGAAUGAAAGAGAAGAAACAAGAAGACAAACGCGUUAAUCUUAAAGCAAAAAUAACUGUCGAAAUACCACAAAUUCCACAUAAAGCACAAAUACCAAAAAUUGAUUUUGUUCCACAAGAAGUAGUUAAACCAAAAAUUAUAUUAUUUAAAUUAU